AUGGCUUUAGACUCGAGUCCGUCUUCGAAUGCGGGCAAUCUCUUGGUGGAAAAUCCCACCGCCGCGUAUAGCUCGUUUCACGCCGCCUCCUCCUCCGACCCAGAAGCUGCUUCUUCUGCCGAACCACCGAGCAGCGAAGCUUCUGUAGGAGCUUCCGCGCCGCUGCUUUCCAAGCCUAGCUGGCUCGUGAAGGUCCGAGGCGCGCUCACCCCACGCGAAUGGAUCACCGUCGGAUGCCUCGCCGCCGCGGUCUGCGCGCUGCACGUGAUUGGCUGGGGCACGCUGAUCGUGUUUGUAGUACCCGGGCAUUACGCCUUGGCUGGCGGGGGUGGCACGUUCGGCGUGGGUCUGGGAGUGACGGCGUACAUGCUGGGCAUGCGGCACGCGUUCGACGCCGACCACAUCGCAGCAAUUGACAACACGACGCGCAAGUUCCUGGCGGAGGGGAGGAGGACGCUCACAGUGGGAUUCUGGUUCGCGCUCGGCCACUCCUCCGUGGUCUUUCUCGCCGCGCUCAUUAUUGCCGUGGGCUUUAAGGCCUUCGCGGGACAGGUGGAAUCAGAGGAGUCACAGCUGCAUGUGAUUCUCGGCCUUGUGGGUGCGCUCGUCUCCAGCCUCUUCCUGCUGCUUAUAGGCGCCAUCAACCUCCUCGUUUUAAUCCACCUCGUUAAGAGAAAUAGACCUGGAGGACCUGACACUACAGGGAGGGAUGUUCGGCCGCUGUGUGGGCCGCAUGGCAGCACUGAUAAAGCACCCGCCCCAGAUGUACCUGCUGGGGUUCCUGCACCAUCACUCCUUUUCUUCCCUCUCCAUCCCUCCCCACCCCACUCCUCCCCACCCCUCUCCACCACUCUCACCCGCACUCCACGCCUUCAGGUCUUCCGUGCAACACGGAACGGCACGGCUAGGGAGGCAGACUUGGAGGACCUGACACUACAGGGAGGGAUGUUCGGCCGCUGUGUGGGCCGCAUAGCAGCACUCAUAAAGCACCCACCCCAGAUGUACCUGCUGGGGUUCCUCUUUGGGCUCGGCUUUGACACCGCCACGGAGGUGGCUCUGCUCUUCAUGGCUGCUGGCGCUGCCUCCUCUGGCCUGCCCUGGUUCGCCAUACUCUGCCUUCCUGUGAUAUUCGCCGCCGGGAUGACCCUACUAGACACCAUAGAUGGCUCAUUCAUGAACUUCGCCUACAGCUGGGCCUUCUCCUUCCCGCUGAGAAAGCUCUUCUUCAAUAUCGUCAUCACGGGCUUAUCCGUUAUGGUGGCGCUGCUUAUAGGGGGAAUAGAGCUUCUUCAGUUGGUGAUUGAGAAGGCAGGAUGGGAGGGGCAGCCAUGGGACUCAAUAGCGGGGAUGGAUCUCAACAUUCUAGGAUUCGUCAUAGUGGGCCUCUUUUUCCUUACGUGGAUGGUUGCUCUUGCCGUCUGGCAUUUUAUGCAAUAUGAGACAUCGCCACCUGACAUGUAG